UGAUGCGGUUGAAAGUGUACCCUAGUGCCACCCUUUCUCAAAACACCUGUGUUUUUGACAUCCGUUGUUUUUUUUCUCCCCCAAACCCCCGAUUCCCUUUUCUAUCCCCAAACCCCCGAUCCCUUUCCCCUCAACCCUAACAAGUCGUGCGCCGCCUCUUCCGAAUCUCCGCCACCCCGCUGCCGCCUCCGACUGGUCACCGCAGCCUUCGCGUCGCCAGCGCCUACGAGGAGGAAGCGAGACGGAGGAGGAGCUGAAGCGGAGAUCGAGGACCUCAAGUCCAAGGUGGCCUUCCUCUGCCUCAAGUCCCCGCUCGACAACCACCACCUCCGCCACUCCGCAGCCGACAUCCUCCUCCACGGUUCGUCUCCAGCUCCCCAGAAACCCUGUCUGCCUCGUCCUCAUCCGCCGCCCUCGCUUCCACCCCUGCCGUCCCCGCUCACCGUGCCGUUCAGAGGAAUUAAGAGUCAUGGGAACUGGCAGAAAGAAUUUGAAAAAGGCCUCAGAAAAGGAUGCGGUUUCUCUAGGAGAAGGGCAAAGCGUCAUGCAAGUUGUAUCCCUGCGGGGUUCCAAUCUCAUCGAGGUUAUGGAUUCUAAAGGCAUCAAAUCUCUUGCUCUGUUCCCAGCCAAGUUUCAGAGGAGCUUUUGGAUUAAAAGAGGAAACUUUGUUAUAGUAGAUGGAAGUGGCAUGCACAAGGCUCUUGAAUCUGGUAACAAGAUAACAUGCAUGGUUUCACAAAUUCUUUUUCAUGACCAAGUUAGGAAUCUUGCAAAAUCUUCAGAUUGGCCUGCAAUCUUCAGAGAUAAAGCAGCAGAGAAUUCAAAGGCUCAAUCACACCUACCAACUGCUGAAAAUGAGGAUUUGACUUCAGAUGGUGAUGAUGUUGAUGAUGAUCUUCCCCCACUUGAAGCAAAUACAAACAGAAGUCGGCCUGUUGAGUUAUAUUCAGAUUCAGAUUCUGGUUCAGAAUGUGAUGUAGGCACAAUCUAAGAUUGUAUCUAUAGAGAAAUUGGAAGACAAUUUUGUUGGUUUUUGCGGAGGAAAAAUGUCUCUAAAGAAGCAUAUUGUAUCAGUAUCAUGUCAGAAUUUAGUGAAAAUUAUAUUUCUUGUUGGUAAAAAAAAUUGAAGUUUCAUAAUAUUUUGUUGAUUCAACAUUGUUUUAGAAUUAUUA